AUGCAGUUUUUAGGAGAACACGUUUUUUCUAAUAUAAUGCAAUACGCAAUUAGAAGUCCAUCAGAUCUUACACUCAAGAAAGAAUUACAAAAGGCAGAAGAAUUGAAGUUGCAGAAAGUGAAAAACCAGGAAGUCAAAAAUGAAAACAAAAAAGAUGAUCAUAAUGAUGAAAAAAAUGAUCAAAAAGAAAAGAUAAAAUGGUUUUUAUUUCUGCCUUCAGAACAAAGUGCUGUAGAUAAAGAAGACAACAUCACAAAAGAAUACUUGUUGGUGAGCAAUGAAGAAAGACAAUAUGUCAGUGAGCAAGAUGGCGAGGGUACUUCAAA